UCAAGAUGUCGCGUGGCAUAAUCCCUCCAAUAAUUGAGUCUUCAUUGUACUAUAAGAAUGUCAGGAAUAUCUUAAGGUUAUUUCAAGAGUGGUGAACGGUAUGUAUGUAUACAAGCGGAAAAGAGUGUGUGCAGGUUGUAUAUUGGGGUGGGAACGGCAAUGCGACACUGAGGUUCUCAAUCUUGGAGACAUGGGUUCUGAACAUUAGAAGAGCCGCCCCCCGCCCCUCCCCGUCCCUUCAGGAUCGAACCAAACAGCAAAAAGAUUCAACAGGGGUUCUACUAGUUUCAGUUUGACGGCAAGUGAACAGUCAGUUACAUGGUAUUGAACGUACUUCCCUUUUCCCGAGUGCUCCAAUCGUACACAAGUAGGCCACUCGUCAGUUUGGUUUAUGCAGUGCUGGUGACAACUUGUCUUUUUCGUCGAGCUCUAAUAACAGUCAAGCCUGCACAAGUGAAUUUAACGGAAGAAGCCAUGGGCUCAGUAUCUGAGGAGAUUGUAAAAUGCGGUUAUUUAACAACAGCCAAGGAAAAGUUAUCACUUCUCAAGAAGAAACAGAAAGCCUACUGGAAAUUGAGAAGCCACACAACUGCACUGGAGUGUUACUCCAACGAACGCGAUGCCAAGCCGAAGAAGAAAAUACAGCUCGUCAACACAGUAGUGUACAAACACACAAGCGAUGGCACGGUGCUAUGCAUCAGGCAAUCACCGGGAAACCAAGUUCGUUUCAUGAGAGCCGAGAGCCCCGAGCAGCGUGAUGAGUGGUGCCGGGCAAUCCAAAUGGUCAUCUGUAAACUGAAUGGUCUGCCCGUAGAGCCCAGAGCCAGAGCAUACACGGACACAUCAGAUAAUCGUAGACGACCCAAUGUUGGAAGAAGCGGUAACUGCCCGCAGUCGGCUGCGCCUACAUUGGAGGAGAGCUUUGUAGCUGUACCGCCGCAUCGGCCACUGCCUGCAAUUCCAGCAGAAACUGAGGAUGAUGGCAUCAGUAAGCUACAAGAAACUCAGUUCUGUUGCAGCCGUAAUCACGUUGUGGGUUUCAAUAAACAAGGCACUAAUAUGGCCACCACGGAUGUCGUCUAUGAGAACGUCCAUUACGUCCAGUCCCAUGACCAAUGGGUGAUGGACGUAGAACUCAGAAAGAAUAUCCUUUCCACUCAACGCGACAUCUAUAACGGCUUUCAAGAACUUGACACUUUGACAAACUCUCGAGUUCAUAGACCUACGUCAACGGCAUCGUCGUCGUCGAUGUCAUCGUCGUCGUCGGAAGAGGACUUGGGCCGAGCCUCCAGCGAACCUAUUUACGAACAGAGUAUCCCACGCCGAAGGGAGCCCGAGGAAAUCGAUGAUCGGGCGUGUGAGAUUGAGGACCUUUAUUUAACUGCAUGUAAGAAACCGGAACAAUUCGCAUUAAAUAACCUGAGUAAAGUGCGGCAUCAGCAACCAGCAGUGUCCCUACCCUGUGAUCCUGUGAACUUACGUCCAAGGCCUACUUCAUUGGAAAGUACAGAAGACAAUACUGUCGACCCAGGACCGAUGCGAAACCAGAAACUACUCCCCGAACUGCCGCCACGCAAGGCACCAACUCCCCCUCCACGCCAGGCACCAACUCUUGUACCGCGACGCCAUGCACCAACUGCCCCUCCACGCCAGGCACCACCUCUGGUACCGCGACGCCAUGCACCAACUCUCCUGCAACGCCAGGCACCACCUACGAAACCGCGACCGCGACUGCAGAAAGCACACCAAGAACCGCCACCUCGCCAAGAGCAUAGUAUGCCAAGAGAAGAGCUUCAUCAGAAAUUACAGACACUCCAAGAUGAGCAGAGAAAACAAAGCAUAACCAAGACUGUCAACAAGCAGAUUCUAGUUGGAAACAAAAUCAGGCUCAUGCAGGUGAAGAAUGGUAUUUGGGUGGCAGGAUGGGAUGAGUCGGAACCUUCACUGGGAAGCAUUUUUAGGGUUGGGGACCAGCUCAUCAAAAUCAACAAGCAAGCUCUGACGUCUGCGAGCUUUGCUCAUAGUAUAAUUGACAGUACUGAUGACGACGAGGUUAUUGUUGUUCUGAAAAGACUACCCCGCGCUACUGUGUGUCCAAUAAAUAGACGUACACCACGAGAUGAGCUUGGCAUCAAACUCGCAGGAAAUGAGAUCAUCGAAUUACACGAAUGUGGUUUGGUAUCAAAAUUCGGCUGUCUGAAACCUCAAACAACGGGCGUGUCAGGAGACAUGUGCAACUGGGCGAUUACAGAGGUGAAUAUGGUUCCAUUGGAUCUGUUUGCGAGCGAGGAUAGUAUUUUCAGGACAUUGAGGAGUGGGACUUUGAACGAGCUUGUGAUCGUCGUUCAGCCGGUUGACUUCGUUCAGAAAAUCAGAGAAAACAUGCAAGAAAAGGUGUACUCGUCAGCGCAUUCUUUAAAGGCACUGGAUACUAUUGGUGAUUACUCAAAAUAAUUGUUAGCAUAAAAACUUACCAACUUGGU